UAGGAGCGGACGGGGUCGCGCUGUCGGACACGAGCGGAAGUGCGGCUGGUAGUUUCCGAGACGCUGAGGGUCGGUAGUCGGUAGUCGGGACGCCUCCUGCACACAGCAGUCACGUCCGCAUGUCGCCGCACAUUCUUCCGCCUUGACUCGCCUGCCGCCGCCGCCUUCCCCGGAUGAAGAUCACCCGGAAUGCCAAAAGAAAAAUAUGAUCCUCCAGAUCCUCGCCGAUGUUACACCAUCAUGUCAGCGGAGGAGGCGGCCAGCGGGAAGAAGUCUCAGUGGUUGGAGCUGGAGAUAUCUGGGCGCGUGCGGAGUCUGAGCAGCUCGCUGUGGACGCUCACCCACCUGACGGCGCUGCACAUCAACGACAACAACCUGAGCCGCCUCCCGCCGGACAUCGCCAAGCUGCCCCACCUGGUCUACCUGAACCUGUCGUCCAACAAGCUCCGCAGUCUGCCAGCCGAGCUGGGCAACAUGGUCUCUCUCAGGGAACUGCUUUUAAACAACAACCUUUUACGUGUGCUGCCUUACGAACUCGGGAAGCUUUUCCAGCUGCAAACACUCGGCCUGAAAGGUAACCCUUUGUCCCAAGACAUCCUCAACUUGUACCAGGAAGCGGACGGAACCAGGAAGCUUUUAAACCACAUGCUGGACAAUCUAGCGGUGCACCCGGAGCAGCUCCCGCAAAGACCGUGGAUCACGCUUCAAGAACGGGACCAGGUGGUCUCCACAGCGGCCUUCACCGUCAUGUGCUACAACGUGCUGUGCGACAAGUACGCCACGCGGCAGCUCUACGGCUACUGUCCCACCUGGGCGCUCACCUGGGAGUACCGCAAGAAAGGCAUCAUGGAGGAGAUCAACAACUGCGACGCCGACAUCAUCAGUCUACAGGAAGUGGAGACGGAGCAGUACUACUCCUUGUUCCUGGAGACUCUGAAGGAGCGCGGCUACGACGGAUACUUCUGCCCGAAGUCUCGAGCCAAGCUGGUGUCGGAGCAGGAGAGGAAACACGUGGACGGAUGUGCAGUUUUCUUCAAGACGGAGAAGUUCAGUCUGGUGCAGAAACACACGGUGGAGUUCAACCAGGUGGCCAUGGCCAACUGUGAAGGGUCAGAGGUCAUGUUGAACAGAGUCAUGACCAAGGACAACAUUGGUGUGGCCGUGCUGCUCCAACUCAACAACCACUUGUUCUCUGGUGGUGUGAAAGCCGAGCGUCAGCUGCUCCUGGUGGCCAACGCUCACAUGCACUGGGACCCUGAGUACUCCGACGUGAAGCUGAUCCAGACCAUGAUGUUCCUGUCUGAGCUGAAGAGCAUCGCCGAGGGGGCGUCGGCCUCCAUGGACGGCGGCUCGCCGACCUCCGACCCCGCCGCCAUCCCCAUCGUCCUGUGCGCCGACCUCAACUCGCUGCCCGACUCCGGUGUGGUGGAGUACCUGAGCAACGGGGGCGUGGCCGACAACCACAAGGACUUCAAGGAGCUGCGCUACAGCGAGUGUCUCAGCAACUUCAGCUGUGACGCCAACAAUGGAAGCAUCACACACAGCUUCCAGCUGAAGAGUGCCUACCAGGGCGGAGUCAUGCCUUACACCAACUACACCCACGACUUCAAGGUCAACCACCACUCUUACACCCACCACUUCAAGGUCAACCACCACUCUUACACCCACCACUUCAAGGUCAACCACCACUCUUACACCCACCACUUCAAGGGCGUGAUCGACUACAUCUUCUUCACUCGGACCCGCAUGAGCGUUCUGGGCCUGCUGGGCCCGCUGGACGCCAGCUGGCUGGCUGACAACAAGAUCUCGGGCUGCCCGCACCCCCACGUGCCCUCGGACCACUUCUCCCUGCUGGCACAGCUGGAGCUGCGCCCGCUCGACCCCCCCUCGCUCAACGGCCUGCACCCGCCCGUGCACAGGUAGUGAAGCCCCGCCCCCUCCCGUCUCCCUUUUUUAAAAAGCGCUUUGUAAGGGACCGUGUACAGUUUCUCCAGCCGGAUGCCACGCCCCCCCCCAGUCACAAGCCACGCCCCUCCUCCCGUUUAAACGUUCAUAUUCUUUUAUUUUUCUCUCCUGUCACAGUUUGUUACCAACUGUUGCCAUGGCGACCAUCAAUUAUUAUAUUUCAUCAGAACAACUUUUGGUUUGGCUUGGACAAUGCACUUUUUAAGAUUCAGUAUUUCACAAUAAAAGCACCAAUGGUUAUGAACACACACAUCAGCAGGUUGAUCAUGAUCAAUAUACUUUCAUUAGAAUAUAUUUCAUCAUUUUUAGACAAAUAAAAAAAUGUCCAACAGUUUAUUCUUA